CAAGAAAAAAGAAAGAGAGAUCACCUAUAGUCUAUAGAACACCCAAAGAAGAGAAGAGCAAAUCACAAUCAAACAAUCGAAGAAUCGAGGAAUCAGCAGCAUCUAGAAGAAGAAGAAGAAGAUAAUGGCGAGAUACGACAGAGCCAUAACUGUAUUCUCCCCCGAUGGACAUCUUUUCCAGGUCGAAUACGCCCUCGAAGCUGUUCGUAAGGGAAACGCCGCCGUCGGCGUUAGGGGCACAGACACCGUCGUCCUCGGCGUCGAGAAGAAGUCCACGGCCAAGCUCCAAGAUUCCAGAUCAGUAAGGAAGAUUGUAAACCUGGAUAAUCACAUUGCAUUAGCCUGUGCUGGGCUUAAAGCAGAUGCCCGUGUCCUUAUUAACAGGGCACGUAUAGAAUGUCAAAGCCACAGGCUUACUGUUGAGGAUCCAGUAACUGUUGAAUACAUUACUCGUUACAUAGCUGCCCUCCAGCAGAAGUAUACACAGAGUGGUGGUGUCAGGCCAUUUGGGCUUUCAACUUUAAUUGUUGGCUUUGAUCCCUAUACUGAUGUACCAUCACUCUAUCAAACUGACCCAUCAGGAACAUUUUCUGCCUGGAAGGCUAAUGCAACUGGAAGAAAUUCCAACUCGAUGAGAGAAUUUUUGGAGAAGAACUUUAAAGAAACUUCUGGCCAAGAAACUGUCAAACUUGCUAUUCGGGCCUUGCUCGAGGUUGUUGAGAGUGGAGGAAAGAAUAUCGAAGUUGCUGUUAUGACAAAGGAGGGAUUGCGUCAACUUGAAGAAGGUGAGAUCGAUGCUAUUGUUGCUGAAAUUGAGAAAGAGAAAGCGGAUGCUGAGGCUUCCAAAAAAGGCCCUCCCAAGGAAACAUAAUUUUCUUCUUUGAUCAGAUUUUAAGAUAUACUUGACUUCAUUUGCAUCAGUUAGUACUCUCAGCAAGGCUAUAUUUAUCUGCACAACUCUUUGUUUUAAAUGUCAUUUCGAGGCCUGUACCGAUCAAAUCAUACCCGAAAAGGAAGAUUUUGGUAGACAGAAAGGCUGACCUCAAAUUCAAAAAAUGUUUUUCAGUGUUAUUGUGUU